UUCACAGAAGGUGCCUGAAGUCCUAUUGACUUGUUGUAUUGCAGCUGGUUUUGAGCAAGCAUGGAAGCAAGUUUCAGGUCUGAGAUCUUGUAUCCAGACUUCAAAGAAAGAUAUUCCACAUCUUCUCUAGACAGUGGCUUCAGUGACUCAUUUCACACCUCAACCUAUGAGGCAGAUGAAACCAAAGAUGCCAAACAAAAACCUGUUGCUGAAUGCCAAACAUGUAUAGAGCAAUCAACUGGAAGCCUUCUGGCAAAAAUUUCUCCUGUUUACUCUUCCAGGACAAAGAAUGAAUUUCGGCGCUCCCCGCUUUGCUGCUCAGAACAAGACAAAAAAGGAAAAAAUGUUUCGGCUAGUUUCUAUGAAACUCCAAGACCAUCCAAAAAAGAUUCCUCAUUGCGAAGGCGUCUGCUUAUGUCAAAAGCUGCCACAGGAGGGAGUACAGAUAAUCUUAAAGCAUGUGUUGCUAGCCGGUUGUCUUUCAACACUUCCAGUUUUAAGGAGAGUGGUUCAAAUGAAGUUAUAGAAUUCACAGAAAAUGAGCAUUUUGAAGCUUUAGCCACUAGUACAUUAAAAACAGAAGAACAUGUUUCUUCGUGCAGAAAAAAAAGGUUCUUAUUCUCCCAGAUGAGAACAUCAACUGUUGAAGAGCCAAAAAGUGCAGCCAACCAAUCACCGGUACCAGAAUGUAUUACACCUGUGCAGUUUGGAACACAGAAUGAACUUGAUGAAAGCAUCAUUUCUUGUUUUACUCAUGAACACCUUAGCCAAGAGUUACUGAUGACCCCUCAGUCCAACAAGUUUUCCAAGCCCAUUCAAGACAAAUUUAUAACUCCAGUAAGCAACCUUGCAACAAAGUUUCAAUUGAACUUGUUGGUCCUGAGUACACCACCUGUGAUACCAGUUGUUAAGUUGGACACCUCCAUACCAGAAGACAGUGGCUUCAAGUCGCUCGAUUUGGAUAAAUCGGAGUAUUCCAUUCAUGAGCAUGAUGGUUCUUUCCAGGAACUGCUGCCACAGAAAUGCAUGGAAACCCCCAAAGUGUUGGAAGCUAAAAGAAGGGCCUGGCUAGAACGGCUCCGGAGAUUGUCCACACUUAGGGAAGGGGGAUCUCAGUCAGAGGAACAGGUGGAUUCUAAUACAUCUAUUACAAAAGGCUUGAAAUCCCCGGGCAAUGUGAAAAAGGAACCCUUUGCUGAGGAAGAUGAUGAAUUGUUUAAUGAAACCACCCCUUGCAAUAAGAGUGUUUUAAGACUUGAGGACCUAACAAGAACCCCUGCUUUACAGGCGGUGCAUGCAAUGUGCCUUCGAAGUGCCAGGAAAGCGCCUCGGCACACCACUGUGGAGGACUUGCUCGGCCUGUCUCAGGGGUCCAAGCCAUUUGAAACUACAAUGCCUCUGGCGGGGCUUAUUGGCAGAAAUAUGGGGCUAAGAGAACUUGACAUCCUAGCAGAACUGAAACACAGGCACUUGAGACAUGUGUUGGCUUUGAUCUUAAAUUGUCUUUCUCCCGAGGACAUUUACAGAUUUGGACAGGUAUCUGAAGUCUGGAAUGAAAUAGUUUUGCAAGACAAGAUGAAGAAUCGAAUUAGAAGAUCCUACAUGAAACAGUUAAAGGCUGUUGCUGAGCAAGGGAGCCAGAAUUGUGUUCCAGAUGCAGAAACCAGACUAAAUCUCUUACGCCGAUCUGCUCUGAAGUCUGUCCAGGCUCAGGCAACGGUCUUGGGUACUCCCACUCCAGGCUCUAAUGGACUCCCUUUUACACCUGUUGGAGGCAGCAAUGGAAAGCAGUUGUCAAGUAAACGUGAUGCAUAUUUAAAGAUCGCCAAAACCCUCUUCAAUGAUGAGUCAUUAAGGCCUUGUCCUAGGUGCCAGUGUCCUGCCAGGUGUCAUCCAGUUAAGAAGCAAGGCAUAUGCAGUCGUGAAGAGUGUGCAUUUGAUUUUUGCACAUAUUGCUUCUGUGCAUUCCAUGGGUCCAAGGAAUGCUGCAGCCCGUCUACUAAACGUCAUACCAAAAAUGAGCUGCUUCCUGGAAGCGCCAAGAGCAAGCGCAACUUAAAAAGACUGUGAUGCUUUGUAUAUAGUACCUGUAGGUAUAGAAAUAUUUAAGUUUUUGAAAUGUUGUAUUAAUUAUGCAUCUGUAAAUUUGCGAUAGAACCUCCCAAUCAGUGAUCUUAACUUUGCUGCACUUUUAAAUACUUCCUUUUGUAUAUACUUUUAACUUCGUUCUUGUAUAGUGAUGGUUUUGUUAAA